ACCAGCACUUGUCAGUGAGGAAAAAAACCCCACCGCGAAAUGCAGGUCCAUCUUCCAGUGGCGGUGAAAUAAACCGAAAGCGUUUCAUAUAUAUACCUAUUUGUGCUUUUUUGAAGGAUCGGAUCACCAUCUUUUACCCCGUGAAGAUUUUCUUGUCACCUCUCUUCGUGUUUCAGUUUAUUUUGAGGAUGUCGGUGGCGGGGUUUAAAAAGCAGCUGCACAAAGCGAGUCAGUUAUUAAGUGAAAAGAUAAGUGGUGCAGAAGGGACAAAACUCGAUGAAGACUUCACGGAAAUGGAGCGGAAAAUAGAAGUCACCAACAAGUCUGUUUUUGAACUUAUAACUAAAACCACAGAAUACCUUCAACCAAACCCAGCAUCGAGAGCCAAACUGGGAAUGCUCAACACCGUGUCUAAAAUCAGAGGGCAGGUGAAGACGACGGGUUAUCCUCAAACUGAAGGGCUAUUAGGAGACUGCAUGCUGCGAUACGGACGGGAACUGGGGGAGGAGUCCACUUUCGGGGCUGCGCUGGUGGACAUUGGUGAAGCCAUGAAACAGAUGGCCGAUAUUAAAGAUGCCCUCGAUAUCAAUGUGAAACAGAACUUCAUUGACCCACUUCAGACUCUACAAGACAAAGACCUCAAAGAGAUUGUGCAUCAUCUGAAGAAACUGGAGGGUCGACGGUUAGACUUUGACUAUAAGAAGAAGCGUCAGGGCAAGAUUCCUGAUGAGGAGAUCAAACAGGCUGUGGAGAAGUUUGAGGAGUCCAAAGAACUUGCAGAGAGGAGCAUGUUCAACUUUUUGGAGAAUGAUGUGGAGCAGGUGAGUCAGUUAUCAGCUCUGAUCGAGGCGGCGCUGGAUUACCAUCGACAGUCCUUGGAGAUCCUGGAGGAACUCAACAGCAAAAUACAGAACAGGAUAUCUACCGCAAGCAGUCGGCCCAAAAAAGAGUUCAAGCCAAAGUCGAUCAUGUCCAGUUUGGAGACCAGUGAGAACACACAGCACAAUGGACUUUCCCACACCUCAUCAGUCAAAACCACAGAUAUCCAGAUCAACCACACUGUAAAUGGAAAAAUUGAUCAGUUCACACACACAGCACCCAUGACUGUAUCAUGGCCUGAAAGCCCCAAUGGUAAUAGCAAACAGGUAGAGUCACACAUGGACCAGCCCUGCUGUCGAUCGCUCUACGACUUUGAGCCGGAGAACGAGGGUGAGCUGGGAUUCAAAGAGGGCGACAUCAUCAUCCUCACCAAUCAGAUUGAUGAGAACUGGUAUGAAGGCAUGAUUAACGGAGAAUCGGGCUUCUUCCCCAUAAACUACGUAGAGGUCCUAGUGCCCCUGCCUCAAUGAGCCGAGCCGACGACCACGGGUCACUGACCACGCGCCAAACUAGACUGUCUCAACCGUCCACUCACCCAACAUCCUCUGCUGCAUUCUCACCAAUGAAAGCCUUGCGUUUUACCACAGACUACUUUGAAGCUUUUAUGUUUCAGUAUUUAUUUAUCUUAUUAUGUUUUCCAGGCCUCAUGGUGCAACAUCUAUUCUAGACACUGCAAAAAAAAAAAAAAAUCAGUAUUUUUGGUUUGUUUUUUAGUAAAAUAUCUAAACAUCUUUAGAACUAAAACUGCAUAAUAUUUUUGCUUAAACCUCAUUAUAAAAUAAAAAUAAGAUAAAAAAGGGCUGUUGAAUUAACAUGUUAAUUUGGUUGAUUAAUUAAGGGAAAAAAAUUAUUAACGCUUUUAACGCAUCCCGGCCCAGAAGCUAGUGAUUACAGUUUAUAAAGUUAUAAAUAUGAAUAUUUUUCUUACAAAAACGCAUCACUUCUUUUCAGAAGGCCUUUAUUAACCCACUGGAGCCGUAUGGAUUACUUUUAUGAUGGAUGGAUGCGCUUUUUUGGGCUUCAAAAUCUUGAGCCCCAUUCACUCCCAUUAUAAAGCUUGGAAGAGCCAGGAUGUUUUUAAUAUAACUCAGAUUGUGUUUGUCUGAAAGAAGAUAGUCAUGUACACCUAGGAUGGCUUGAGGGUGAGUAAAUUAUCGGAUAAUUUUCAUUUUUGGGUGAACUAUCAGUUGUAAACGGGGCCUUACAUAUCAUGCGAUGAUAUGCAUAUCUAUGUGAUGAAGCCUAUUACAAUGCAGUUAAAAUGCCACUAAAAUUAAAGAUACAAGGCAAAAAUGCCCUUGUAUGGGUUUUUGUCUUAUAUUUAUAUCAUAUGAUAUAUAGUUUAGUAAUAUCACGUGAGCAAGAGUGCUGUUUCUUCCCUGAAUAUCUGCACGAUUGCAAAUGUGAUAUUGAUUUUAUACAACAGUUCAAUAAACAAGAUGUUAAUAUUUUUAGACAUUUAAGACACAAUACUGUCUGUUUUUGCCCAAUUUUGCCAAUGAAAAUAGUUCCUGCAAAGCCACAACAGAAAUGUUGUGCUUUUCCGAGGUUUUUAACGAAUUGAGUGAGCCAUUGAUUCAUUAAGACGAUCACUUGCUUUGUUGCUAAAUGAAUCAGCCAUUUGAAUGAAUUGCUGAAUGACUCACUCUUUAUAGUGUUAGUUCACCCAAAAAUGAAAUUUCUGUCAUUAAUUACUCACCCUCAUGUCGUUACACACCCGUAAAACCUUCGUUCAUCUUUAGAACACAAAUUAAGAUAUUUUUGAUGAAAUCUGAGAACGCUUUAAGACCGUGACUUAGCACCUCAUACUGGUGGUUUAAUUUAAUAUUUACAGUAUCAUUUCAUUUUGCAUUCAUAUUCAUGCCACCUCUGAGCUGCAUUAAACAGCCUGUGUAAGUAUACCUAAAUGCCACUUCAGAUGCUGCUUUUGAAAAAAAAAAAUUUAUGGCCACAUUGUAGCCUUAUAAGUUUGUGUACAAAAUUCAGUUGAAUCAAAAUGUUUCUUUCUAAAGCUACUUUUUUAUAAUGUCUAUCUAAUGCUUUUCUCAUCUAACACAAUAAUGACUUUAAAUUUCUCAGCCAAAAUUGAUGUGCGAUUAAUUAGAUAAAAGAAUUAUUAGCUUGACAGCCUAUAAACACGUCAUUUAUUACACAAUUUUGUUUCUCCAUUUGAUAUAUUUUAGGAUGUUUAGCUAUUUUUAUUGGAAAACAACAAAAUACUGAUUAUGAAAGUCAUUUUUUUUGCAGUGUAAUUUCAAUGCACGUCUUAUUUCAGCUUCAACGCAGCAUUCACCUUGUUCAUUUGAAAAUGUGUUGCAUCCAAUGGGGUGGAUUUGUACUUUCGCUGUCUCCGUAUGUUUUUUUUUUUCUCUCUCUCUCUCUCUGAUAUGGGGUUUACCUGCCUGCGGUGGUCUUAUGUGUUUUUUAAAACACAAUUUUUCUAUAAACUGUGACUAUCUUGCCUGCUACUCUUAUGAAUGUCCUCUUUCUCUCUCUCUCUCCUUCUCCGUUUACAGACUUAUUGUGAUCUUAGGUAUCAUAGUAAGCAUCGCGGGUGUUUUAAUGGGUUUCGCGCCUUCAAGUGCUUUUUUUGAGCGGUGGCUGUAUUGCACUAAAGCUUUAGAAUAACACACCCAUUGAUGUGCACAUUUUAUUUUUGUGUUGUUUUUUUUUGGUUUUAGGACAUUGCACUUUCUACUGUAUCUCUUUCUGCCAUGCCGAGAAAUACAAAAUUUUAUCAGUCUUAUCUUACGGAGUGAUAAAAUAUAUAUAUAUAUAUAUAUAUAAAUAUACAUUGAUAUGGUUCACAACUUCGUACUGUAUGUAACAAGAACUUUUUGCUCGCCUAUGUCAUACUCUGAAUGACAUUUUAAAAUUUGCAAUGUUAAUGAAACAUUCUUGCCCUAGUUGAACCGUCCUGUGCUUAUAAACUAAAUCGGACAUCGUUUGAAUUCAGACCAAUUUUGUUCGAAAUGACAAAAUUCGUCUCUGUGCUUGUCCACCAAAAAUAGACUGUAUUCUAGUAAUGUCAAACAUUAUUUUUGUUACUCUGAGCAGAAUGUUUCUUGUGCAUGAAACUGAACUUUGAAUGACUGUUUUUGUUUCUGUAUUGGCCAGAUACUGCCAUCCACCGUCACAAAAGUUUCAAUCAUUUCAGACCAUUACCUUUUGACUUGUCGUUCCCUUUUUCUGGCCAAAUUAAGCAGUCAGAGAGCAAAAAGGGAAAAAAAGAAAAAAUAUGUUUGACACAAAAUAUACUUAAAGCUGCAAUGUGUAACUUCUGUGCCACCAAGCUUAAGUUGCCAAAAGUACUAUAUAUAUAUUUUUUUUUUUAUGUCAGUGAUCAUUCAUGACUGUUCAGUUACAAGUUUAUUUCUGAGUGUUACAUGUUGGUUUAGAUCCCAAACCCUCAAAAGCCAUAAUAAUAGUUAGGCUUCCCUUAGCAAAUACCUCUAAAUGCUUUCAGAUAUACCUGGAUAAUAAAAAAAAUAUUUCCAAUCGAAUUAGGAAAUAUUUUUUUUAUUAUCCAGGUAUAUCUGGACAAUGAAAAAAAAAAAAAUCCUAAUUCGAUUCAAAUCACAUUCACAAGCUCUUGAAUUGAUUUAAUUUGAUUCUAGUUCAGUUGGAUGUAUAAUUUCGAUUAUACAAGACAUGUGAAAGAAAUUCUCAGUCAACGUUCCAGAUGGGUAUAUUACAAAAUUAUUAUUUAUUUUUUUUAAACAACAGGCACAAUGUCAUUUUACUGAUUCACUCAUUUGUUCAGUAAUUAGACUACACUGGCUUACUGUACGCUGUUUUUUUGGGGGGUUUUUUCAGCCCGCAAAGACAACUCAAUAGAAAGAUUUUUUUCUUGCCAUUAUUUCAUGGUAUAGGAAUGUUUUAUCUGAUCACAUUCAGUUCAUACUGCAAGCUAUCAAUUAAAUACCACUUUUUUGCUGCAUAUUAAGUAGCGGGGAUGCAAAAAAAAAAAAAAAAAAGCAGUGCAGCAAACAUUUACAAAUGUUCAAUCUUGGAAUUUUAAAAAUUGAUUUUAGUGAUUGUUUAAUCUUCCAUUGUUUGGAAAAGCGUGUUCUCCCAAAAAUGACUCCACUGGUUGAGCCAGAAGUUCAUGUGUCAGACCACAUAACAAACUGAGCACUAUUUUGAAGGUGCUGCAGUGUUUACAAUCCUCAGGAAGUCAACCUACUUACACGACCGUUCAAAAGUUUGGAGACGGUACUUUUUUUUUUUUGUCGGAAAAAAAAGAAAUUAAUAUAUUUAUUCAGCGAGGACACAUUAAAUUGAUCAGAAUGACAGUAAAGAUGUAUGAUGUUACAAAAGAUUUAUAUUUUUUUUAAAAAACAUUUUACAGUUUCCACAAAAAUAUGAAGCAGCACAACUGCUUUUAACAUUGAUAAUAAUCAGAAAUGAGCAGCAAAUCAUCAUAUUAGAAUGAUUUCUGAAGGAUCAUGUGACACUGAAGACUGGAGUAAUGAUGCUGAAAAUUCAGCUUUGAUCACAGGAAUAAAUUACACUUUACUAUAUAUUCACAUAGAAAACAGCUAUUUUAAAUUGAAAUAAUAUUUCACAAUAUUACUGUAUUUCUGAUUAAAAAAAAAUGCAGCCUUCUUUCAAAAACAUUAAAAAAAAAUUAUUAAAAGAAAUGACCCAAACUUUUGAACGGUAGAGUGUAUAAUUGUCUCAGCACAAAAUACUGAAAAAAAAAAAAAUAACACAUGGCAGCUUUAAAUUCAAAAGUAAAUAGAUUCCUAGAAUUCUAGAAUAGAAUUCUAGUAAACUGAAUGAUCUGAUUCUUGCAGAAAUAGUAUAGCACAAAAAACUACCUGAUUUCUUUCUGAAGAUGAUUGUGAAAACAACAAGAAACUGCUCGAAUCAAAAGAAGACGUGGCACCCCAAUCAUCUCCAUCUCUAGAUAUAGAAUAGCUCUGUACUUCCAAACACUAUUACUAACUCCUAAACCAAUUUUACAGUGUUCUUACGAAAUUUCUUCUCCAAUGUUCAUCACUACAUCACGGAGUGAAAGGAAAGGCUGCGAGUUGUUUUCUUUUUGCUCUCUGGCGUAAUUUAUACACAAAGUGGUUUAUAGAUGUUGUAAAUGAAUAUAUUAUUACACACUGUAUAUUGCAUAAAUAAAUGAUGUGGAAAUAUUGAUUACA